ACGUGGCUAUUUAACGUCAGCUGUUGACACGGAACACACAAUAGACGGUUAACUAACAUCUGUGUAUAUAUACGAAAUACAACGUCAGUUGAACUCCAAGCGGGAAAGGCUGCAAGAACAGUGUAAGGAUCCGCAGGACGAUGCAGACCUUCACGACGAUUAGAUCGAUUGUUUCCCAGUAUCCUUAAACCAUUGCUGCGGUGACAGUGACGGGUAAAUUGUUUUGUUGCAGCGUCUCGGAUCUCGUCUCUGUCCACGAACACCAACUUACUUGGAGUCGUAUUAUUUGGUGUGAAGAAAUGGUCGGCAGGUGGAGUGUGCCGUAACAAAGCCUCGCUGGGAGGAAAGACCGUCUUGAUCACCGGCGGCAACACUGGGAUUGGCGCGAGAGUCCUUCUGGCCUGUAGAGACAUUGACCGAGCCAAUACGGCUGCAGAAGAAGUAUUAUGAGCUGUCCGAGAUGGAAAACUGAAGAUUGAGAUGCGGUUUGGUGUGAACCACCUGGGCCACUUCCUGUUAACAAACUGUCUGUUGGAUCUCCUAAAGAAGUCUGCUUCCAGCCGCGUCGUCACUGUCUCCAGUUUAGCUCACGAAAGAGGUCAAAUCUAUUUUGAUGACAUACAUCAGGAAAAGGAUUACCAGCCUUGGAAAAGCUAUUCACGAAGUAAACUAGCUAAUGUUCUCCUCACAAGAGAGUUGGCUAACAAGCUGCAAGGCACCGGAGUAACUGCCUACAGCCUCCACCCUGGUGUAAUCCGGACAGAGCUCGGCCGACACUUCAGGCCCUCAAUGUCCCUUUGGAAAAGAAUUGCGUAUACCCCACUCACGUUCUUCUUCAAGUCUCCAACCCAAGGGGCUCAGACGACCAUCUACUGCGCUGUGGAGCAAAGCCUGCAGAAUGAAAGUGGACUCUACUACAGCGACUGCCACCCUAAAACCGCUGCUCCAUGGGGUCUGGAUGAUGAAGCUGCCAAGGAGCUGUGGGAUCUGAGUGCCUCUAUGGUUGGUCUGAUAUAAUCACAGUGACAUCCAUGAUUCGUCAUCAUCUUCAUAGUACCAUCGGACUGCCUGAGGAAGGACCUGUACUCUCUUUAAUGAGCAUCUGCGUUGCUGCAAACAGCUGAGCUCCUACUCGAUGUGACAAAUGAGUAAAUAGACAGAAAGUCACAAGUGAUAGACAUUUAUUACGAAUAUACAACAAACUAAUUGCAAAAAUACUAUGGAUUUAAUUGUUUUUUCUCAAACGGUAGCAAUGCUUUACAGCCAAGUUACAUGGAAGCGGUAUGAUCUUUAGUUUCGAUUGCCAUUAGCGUGAAAUGACAUUUUAAUUGACAAGUUUCACCAAUGCUUUGUUGACCAAGGGCUCAAAUUCCAUUCUUUACUUGAUUUCAUCAUAGAAGAAAUACAUGUGAUUUGAAGGUUUUUGUAACACUGUUGAUAGCAACAUUUUUCUAUUGGGCAAUAAAGCGCUGUAUACAUAGCCCAUAAUUUUACCUUUUUGUUGAGGCAUAUUUUUCAUUCAUUCACAUCACGUAUAUUCAUUUUGUUUCAUCUGAGUCCAACAAUAUUGAAAUGAAACACAUUUUGGUUACAUUAAAAAUGCUCCUAAUACAUUAAA